AGGCUUUGGCAAUAUUCAACAGUGCAGCUACGAACUUGAAACGUGUUCCAGAACGCCAUGAAUGAAGUUGGUAUUCCUCCGGCAUCAUCUCCUGCUCCCAAUGUCUAUGAAAUAGAACCAGGGGUCCGCCUGCUUCGACCUCUGAGUCGCCGUGGCAUUGGGCCUGGCAUGAUCAUUUUACUUCCUGACGGGUCAGCAAGCAAGCUAAUUCUGAACAAUGGAGUUCCAACGCCGUCCUUGAAGUGGGCUGAAGAGGCUUAUGUCGUGAUCGAGAUCCGAAAAUCGGCGAUGGAUAGGGGGUAUACACUGAACCAGGCCGUUGAGAGUUUAACGCAGCACGACCAGUGCGUCCAACACGAUACCAUCGGCCUCGUAGCAUAUGACUCCCAGCUCUGGGAGAAGGCAGAAUCCCUUCCCGGUAUCAGCAGGAUCACUGCGGCUGCUAUCUAUGGGUCAGCAUCCGAUAUUGCUCGAUUGACAUCGAACAAUAUCCCCACCGUGCAGCAUCUUUCUGGGCAAGCGAGUAUGCAGCUGCAGAGGACAGAUAACACGAUGCAAUACGAUUACCCAAACAUGAGCAGCCAGUCGUUUGCACUCACCAGUUCCUCCGACAUUGAUUACACCACAGAAGCGGUCUCUCACACGAGAAACUUGACCUUCUUGAAGAGGCACAUGAAAGGCCCUUACUUCGAUCUAGAGGCCAUCUGGGAAGAGCAUACCUACUUUGAGUUUGACAAUCGGUCUGUUGAGCAUACCAUGAACACAAUGGUACAGGAGCCUUAUGUGAAUCAUAUUCCCACCAUGACAGGGGGAAUUGGCCGCGACCAGCUCACUCAUUUCUAUCGCGAUCAUUUUAUCUUCAGCAAUUCACGGGAUAUCAAAAACAAACUUAUAAGUCGGACCAUUGGAAUCGACCGUGUAGUGGAUGAAUUCAUCAUGACGAUGACCCAUGAUUCGAAGGUCGACUAGAUUCCUGGAGUUCCUCCAACUGGCCGUAAGCUGGAAAUCCCCUUUAUGGCUGUCGUAAAUAUCCGAGGAGAUCGACUCUACCAUGAACACAUCACAUGGGACCAGGCUACUGUGCUCAAACAGCUAGGGUUGAUGCCAGAGUACUUACCCUACCCAUAUCCACUUGCAAAUGGGAAGCGACCGGCCCCGGGCAGGAGUUUUGAAGUCCGAGUACCUGCAGCAGGUGCUGAGACAGCUGCGAAGAUGCGUGAUAAAAAUGCAGUGCCUUCAAACCAAUUGUUUACUGGCGAUGUCCGGGAAGUC